AUGAGGAUCGUGACCUGGAACGUGAACGGCAUCAAGACGCUCCCCCACUUUCACCCGUGGAACGUCAAGAAGACGCACGAGGGCAUCAUCGAGGACCUCGAGGGCGACAUCACCUGCAUCCAGGAGACCAAGAUCACGCGCGCGCAGAUCGAAAAGGGCAUGGCGUGCAUGAACUCGUUCGACUCGUUCUUCUCGUUCUACCGCAAGAGCGUCAAGGGCGUCCACGGCACGGCCAUCUUUACCAAGCGCGACGUCGUCGUUCCCGUCAAGGCCGAGGAGGGCAUCGGCUCGUCGCUCUUGCCGUCGACCAUGCCUGUCGACGAGCGCAUCGGCGGGUACCCGCUCUCGUCCGACGCCGACCUCGACUACAACACGAUGAAGGACCUCGACUCGGAGGGCAGGACGACCGUCAUCGACACGGGCAUGUUUGUCCUCAUCAACCUCUACUGUCCGAACGAGACCAACUCGGACCGGCUUGAGUUCAAGCUCAACUUCAACAAGAUGGUCGAUCGGCGAGUGCGAGGGCUCAUCCGGGCAGGGCGGCAGGUCAUCGUCGUCGGCGACCUCAACAUCUGCGCGUCCGACCUCGACACUGCCGAUCCAGAGCGCCGGGCUCGCGAGUCCGGCCUCGAAGCGUUCACCGACCACCCUGCGCGCACCUGGCUCAACAGCUUCACCGGCGAGAACGGCAUCAUGAUCGACAUCACGCGCAGGUUGCACCCGGAUCGUCUCGGCAUGUUCACGUGCUGGAACACCAAGAUCGACGCACGCCCGACCAACUACGGCGCCCGCAUCGACUACAUCCUCAUCACGCCGGGCCUGCUUCCCUGGGUCAAGGACUCGGACAUCCAGCGCGACAUCAUGGGCUCCGAUCACUGCCCCGUCUACCUCGACCUGCACGACGAGCUCGACAUUCCCGGUCGCGGCAAGGUGUCGCUCUGGAACGAGCUCAACCCUGGUCGCAGCAAGAGCGACCCGCCGCCUCCUCCGCCCGCGUUCGCCGCCCGGUUCUACGACGAGUUCUCGGGCAAGCAGAAGCUCCUCUCGAGCUUUUUCGGCAAAAAGGGCGGCCCGUCGCCGGCCGGCCCGACGCCGUCGCCGUCGCCGCAGCCGGGCUCGUCGUCCGCUCCUGUCGCGUCCACCUCGAGUGCGCCGCCGCCCGCCGUCAAGGCGGCCUCGUCCUCUCAGCCGAUGUCCAAGGACACUUCGUCAUCCUCGUCGUCGACGUCGAAAAAGGGCAAGGGCAAGGCGCGCGAGCCGUCGCCGCUGCCUGAGAAGGUCAAGGAGCGCAAGACGGGCCAGCAAGACCUGUCGAGCUUCUUCAAGCCGCCGCCUCAGCCCGAUGCGCCGCUCAAGAAGAAGCGCAAGAAGAGCAGCAGCACCGCCAAGACGACCCCUCCCCCUCCUUCUCUCGUCGCGCCCUCGUCCUCCUCGUCCGCCACCGCCAAGCCGUCCAAGUCGCCGAAACCUCGCUCUCGCACGCCCCCAGACCGCGAGGUCCUCGUCCUGUCGGACGACGAGGACGACGGCCAAGGCGAGACGUCGCGCGCCGCACGAGCGAGCACCGAGGAGCAAGCCGACGCCAUGCUCUCGGCGUCGUCGGCGCUCUCGUCGUCGGCCGGCGCGCCCACCGCGGUCCUCAACGCCGAGUCGGCCUCGGCGUGGUCGAGCAUCUUUGCGUCCAAGCCGCCGCCGCUGUGCGAGGGCCACAACGAGCCGGCAAAGCUGUGGACGGUCAACAAGACCGGGAUCAACAAGGGCCGGCGCUUCUUCCUGUGCUCGAGACCUGUCGGGCCGGGCUACGACCAGGGCCAGGCCAAGCUGCACGUCGACCCGCAGUUCCGCUGCAACUUCUUCCAGUGGGAGACGAGCGUCAAGCGGCCGGCGGGUAUCGCGCUCACGCCGUCGGCCAAGAAGAAGCAGGCCUGAGCGCUCGAGGUGUCUCUCGCUCUCGACGAGUUGUUUUGUCGUAGUGGGUCUUCGAUGCAUUGUGCUUGAGACUGCGCGUG